AUGAUUCUUUAUGCAGUAAGGAUCAUUAUAAGGGAUGUACUAGUACCCAUUUUCAACUAUGGGCAAGUUGAUAAUGAUUAAAAAGAUGAUGAGUGGGAAUUUGUAAUCAAAAUUGUAAAUUAUGAAGUGUUAUUUUACGGGGCAACUGAUCUAAUUACCUCUCUCAAUAUUCUACUAAUGUUUAAGACAUAUGGUGUAAAGAAAGAAAGGAGAUAGAAAAAGAACAAAAAUGAAACUAAAAAUAACAAUAUGAUUAAUGAUAUUACAGAGAUUAUAGAAGCAGAUGUUUCUCUUUCUGAUGAUAGUAAUUAUUUAAAUGGAACCAAACAUUUCAAAGCUGGGUAACAAAAAGAUAAAAUUCAAUAGAAAAAUGAUAUGACUGGGCAUUCUCUUAAUUUCAAUAAUGAUGAUUCUACUAACCAUUAAUCAUCAUCUUCUUCAUCUGAUGAAGGCUCUUUGAUGUACUAUGAGAAAGAAACUGAGUAAAGUUUUACAAAAAGGCGUAUGAUAGCAAACAAUAAAGAUCUUUUCACGAGUUUUCUGUUUAAGAUUGAAAAAAAUUCUAAUUUAAACCACAAUUGA